UGCAUGGACACAGCUCCAGAGUUUGGGGAUAAUGGGCUCCCGCAAGGACCCGGGCUGUCCGAUUGUGCGCACACAGACCCAGGUUCGUCUGAGCAAGCGAGUGAGUGAGUGCACAGACCCGUUCAUUCAAGUGCACGCGCACAGGGACCGGGUCUGCGCUACUGUAAAACCCUCCCCAGCCCCCGCUGCUUCAGAUCCUCACCCAGCAGAGAAAUUGUCUCAAUAUAGAUACUCAGGACAAACUCGAGCCAGUUCAAAUAGAUCCCAAACCAGUGAACUUGAACUGUACAAAGACACAUAUGUGUAAAAACCAAAGGAGAGGAGGCUUUAUGAACUGAAGGACAUUCAACAGGAAAUCCACUGACUGACCUCCGGAGGAAGCGGGCCGGCCCAGAAUGGAAUUCUAUUCUAGGCCGGCCUAAUUCAGAAUCAGGCCGACCCAGAUUGGAAUUCUAUUCUGGGCUGGCCUAGAAUGGAAUCCUGCAGCUAUAAUGUUAUUUUUAUACCAUGUUUAAUACAAGUGGGGCUCCUCAGUAUAUAAAUGGUGGGGACCACAGGAUCAUCAAUUCAUUUACUAUCCACCAUGGAGCAACGCACAACAUUCGAGCAGCUGCUGGAGAACCAUAUUUCAUCACUGUGUCCAAGCAGGAAGGACAAAUUUCUACUAAGUGAGGACCAGUACCAGAAGAUCAUAGCAGCCUUGACCCUGGAAAAAGGACAGAAGUGUGCAGAUGGUGCCAAGUUUAAACACUGGAGCCACAGCAACUUUGAAACCCAGAUCAUUGGCAACAAGACAGUGCUCUUCUGCAAGAAGACUGCCAAUCCUGUCAUCACCAAAGACGACUUGUAUACUACCAUACACCAGUGCCACGAGAGAAUUGGCCAUUGCGGGCGCCACAAGACAUGGGAUGACGUCAAGAAGAACUACGCCUUUAUACCAAGGGUUGCUGUGGAAAUCUACCUGCAGACCUGUCUCACCUGCAACACCCGUCAGCCUGUGAAGCAGCCAAAGUCAGCUAAGCCCAUCUUCUCCCUUGGGUUCCUCACAAGAGUUCAAGUAGACCUCAUAGACAUGACCAGCAGACCUGAUGGUGACUUCAAAUGGAUUCUUCAUGCGAGAGACCACUACUCAAAGUUUUCCUGGGCAUUUCCCCUCACAUCCAAGAGAGCUGCAGAGGUGGCUGAGAAACUUGUCAUGCUGUUCUCCAUGUUUGGACCACCCAGGAUUCUUCAGUCCGACAAUGGCAGAGAAUUUGUGGCAGCAAUCAUCACUGAGAUCACAACCCUUUGGCCAGGCAUGUUGAUUAUCCAUGGCAGACCUAGGUACCCCCAGAGCCAAGGAUGUGUUGAGCGAGGAAAUGGUGAUCUACAGCUGAAACUGGGGAAGUGGCUUGAGGAGCAUGACGUCACCUGGUCAACCGCGCUGCAGUUUGUUACACAUGCUAUAAACACAUCGACAGCAAGUGCCACUGGUAAAACACCGUAUGAGGUUGUUUUUGGACAAGCACCUCACCAGGACUGCUUUCUUCUCCAGCAGUUAGCAGAACAGGGUUCCUUGGAAGAAGAGGACAUCGAUCCUGCACUGUCUGAACCAGAAUCCAAGGUCCAAGAUGUCAAGCCGGAACCACAAGAGGUCCUGCUAGAGCCACAGGAAGCCCAGCAAGAGCCACAGGAAGCUUUGUCAAAUGGCAUUGAAGAACCACAGACUUCUGCAAGGGCUCUACUUGAUAUGCUUUCUUCAGCUUCAUCAUCCUCUAGUCAAACCACCGAAUUCCAGCAAGAUGAGGUUCCUUCGUUAUACCAAUCCACUGCAACAGCUGUUUCAUCGGGACCAUCAUCCGUGAAGCGUAGCCAUGAGUACUACUUGUUGCACCAAGCCAACAUUGUAGCAGAAGGCUUCAAGAUCACCAACUGCAACACUCUCCAUGGAUCUACAUUCGACAAGGAUUCCCACACCAUCAUUCAGAUCACCAAUGUCUUUGAUGAUUCCUUCAUCCCGGAGAAACACAACCCACAAGAAGAACCACUGCAAGAAGGACAGUAUGUGCUUUGGAGUCUUGACAGCCUGGCUGACACUGAUUCAUCAGACUCUCCUCAUUCAAGAGUUAGACGUGAAGCAACUGCAUCAUACCUACAAACUGCUCAACGCCAGAACCAGCGACACACUAAGCAGACACAACAGCUUAAAGACUACUCUGUAGGCGCUACUGUCGGUAUCCGGAUCAAUAAUGCAGACCGCACAAACACAGAUGCCAGAGUACUUCCUUCUGACCUGGUAGAUAUGAAGUCUGUCGUGUUUCCAGCCCUUGAGAACGCCGACCCGCAAACUUUGUCCGAGAUUUCCCUCAUCCAAGCCAGCAGAGACCAGACCAAAUACAAGUGUACCACCUCUACCUCCAAGUGCCAGUGCCGUGGGAGCUGUAUUUCGAAUAAAUGCCGCUGCAAGAAAGCUGGACUCAAGUGUUCUACCAAGUGCCACGUGGACAACCAGGGAUGCCAGAACAAGUUUUAAGACUUCAGUGCAAGUUUGAUUGCAUAUUCAACAAUGUGACAUUUUUGGUCUAUUAGUGCCGAUUUACAUUUUCAGUCUUACAUACCUUGAGUAACAAUUACCAAUUUCAGUCGAUUUCACUGUACCAUAUAUUGGUGGAGAGUAUCACUAGGUUCUAUUUGUAAAUAAAGUGUAU